AUGGGAGACAUUGUGGAGGACGAUGAAUCGGAGAAGGUAGAGAUCAUCCUCAGAACCAUCGGUCCCGCUCCACCUUCUCGUCUUCGAGUUCCCUCUUUCAUCAAGGUGCGUGAUUUGAGAAGAUUAAUUGCAAGUAAUGGUCAUUUGCCCAUUGACAACUUGAGUCUUAUUCUACGCGGAACUGCUUUAUGUGACAUCAAAAAUGGAGAUGAUGUGCGGAUACAACUAAAUGACGGAGAUAGCUUGAUUGUUGCGGUCAAACCAAAGCCACCAGUGAAGGAUGAGCACGAAAACGAUGAUGACGAUGAAGAUUUGAAGUUUCAACUUCCCCCGUCAUCAAGUCGGUGGAAAAAGAGGCUAUACUCUUUUCUACAUGAUAAGUUGAAGUUUCCAGAUAUCAUUUUGAUGCUAAUUUUCACUCUGAGUCUGAAGGCAUGGAUUCUCAUAACUAUGUGGUUUAUCCUGGCCCCUGUUGCCCAUAGAUGGGAUCUCGGACCUUUGUAUAUACUUGCAACUGGCUUUUGUCUCAUCCUCUUCAAUCUUGGAAAGCGCAAAGCUGGUGAAUCCAGUGCAUACUCUAUCUUCAACGAAGACUUCAGAGAGCUUCCAGGGACGCUUAACGCAGAUCGGUUUGAUAGAGAUAUAAGAGCGGGACAGUUUUGA